CCUACAUAUUUCAUUUGCUGCGGUACUAAUUUUCCAAAAUGUCGACGAACCUCGUGUGCCGAAUUCACCCGGUUGUUCUUUUUACAGUUAUUGACUCCUAUGAAAGACGUAAUGAAGAUGCGAGACGUGUUGUUGGUUCUUUAUUAGGAUAUUAUGACAAAGGUGCAGUGGAAAUCACCAACUGUUUUGCAGUCCCUCAUAAUGAGUCAGAACAAGAGGUUGCUCUGGACAUUGAAUAUGCACGAGAAAUGUUUGAACUUUACAAAAAAGUGAAUUCCACAGAAAUUAUUGUAGGAUGGUAUUCAACUGGUUCUGAAGUUUCAGGUCAUUCUGUUUUAAUUCAUGAAUAUUAUUCACGAGAAUGUAAAAUACCCAUACAUUUAACGAUAGACACAUCAUUAAAGAAUGGUAAAAUGGGUAUUAAAGGUUACAUCAGCACACCAAUUGGUGUACCAGGUAAAACAACUGGUACCAUGUUUACUCCAGUACCCGUAGAAUAUGUUUAUUAUGAACCAGAAAAAGUUGGAGUGAACCAUUUACAAGAAGGAAAAUAUAAUCCUAAACGAACAGUUCAGAUGGUGACAGAUUUAGCUCAUGUAGAGACAGCUUGUCAUAGACUACAAGAAAUGUUAACAACCGUAAUUGGUUACAUUGAUGAUGUCUUGUCUGGUAAAGUGAAAACUGACAACACAAUUGGUAGAUUUUUGAUGAAUUUAAUUAAUCAAGUACCACAGAUUGAUCAAGAAGAAUUUGAAUCUAUGUUAAACUCGAAUAUGAAGGACCUCUUGAUGGUAGUUUAUUUGGCCAACUUUGUGCGGACACAGCUUGCUAUUCAUGAAAAAAUCAAUAUAUUAAAAAUUUAGGACUUUUUUUUUUUUUAAAUCAAAAUUACGGAAAAGUGUAAAUAGUAAAUUGUUAUUUGGAUAUCUGUAUUGGGUCUUGUAAAUAAAAUAAUUUCUCUCUUU